AUGGCGGAUUUUUCAUCAUUUUCAGACAGUGAUGAGGAGAGAGCAGUAGAAGAGAUCCUUGGCCAAGCAAUGGACAGCUGCGUCCUCGAACAGGUGGCUGCCGUCAAUUGUGCCGGCUUCGAUCCCGACUCGGUUCUUCCAACCCACCUCGAGACUCGCUUCCGCAAACUCAAAUCGUUCCCUGCCCCUUCUUCCGGUUCAAAUCUCAAGCUUUCUUCAACAAAAUCUAUGGGAAGAUCCACUCAUCAUCAGUCAAAUGAUAAUGAUGAUGAUGAUGAAGAGAACAAGAAGCCAGAGCAGAAUAAUGGGUAUGUUUCUUCUCCAUCAUCUAAUUCAUCGAAUUUCUCGCCAAUGAAGGAAACCCUGAGCGGCGGCGGUGGAAAAAGGGUUCUUAAAUCCAAGGCAAAAUCUAGGUCAAUAAUUUCUCCAAAGUAUGAGUCUUCUUCUUCGUCUCCUUCGCCGCCUAAGAAAAUGGGUUGCUUCUGGUGCUCCCCGAAGAAGGAUUCUUCGUCGAAGAAGAAGAAGAGCAGCAGCAGCAAGGAAAGGGGAAGGAAAAUUCCGGCGACAUUUGUGUCGGAAUGGGGAAGCGACGGCGACGAGGAAUUGUUCAACGACUUGAAUAUGUUUUCGAAGAAGGAGGAGCGGGAGAAAGUGUUGAAGAAAGCUAUGAAGGAGGAAGAGAAAAUUAAUCGCGAAGCAGAGAAAAUUGUCAAGUGGGCAAAACAGGUUUCAGGCAGAAUCAAGAUCAAAGAUGAUCAUGGUUCUCAUCGAAAAUGA